CAGACAGGUACAGCAGACAGGUACAGCAGACAGGUACAGCAGACAGACAGCUUCCUGUUCAAGCUGCUCAGCCUCUACAUUUACGAGCAGCCACAGUCCAGAGAUCACAUCAUGGAGCUCCAGCUGUUUGUCUGUGUGCUCGUGUCCUUCACGCUUUCAGGAACCAACGCACAGCUAGAUGUUUGUGGCAUCGCACCGCUCAACACGCGGAUCGUGGGCGGUCAGGAUGCUCCUGCCGGCGCCUGGCCCUGGCAGGUCAGUCUGCACAGGAGCGGCAGCCACUUCUGUGGAGGCUCCCUGAUCAACAACCAGUGGGUCCUGACUGCUGCUCACUGCUUCCCCAGCACCCUCACGUUCGACCUCACCGUUUACCUCGGACGUGAGAACCAACAGUUCCUGAACUUGAACGAGCAGUCCCGGACAGUGAUCAGGAUCAUCAACCAUCCGAACUACAAUGUCAGACCGAACGACAACGACAUAUGUCUGCUGCAGCUGUCCUCACCUGUUGAGUUCACCAACUACAUCAGGCCGGUGUGUCUGGCGUCGGCAGGCAGCGUCUUCAACGCCGGGACGACCUCCUGGGUCACCGGAUGGGGAGCCAUCCGAACUGACGUUCCGCUUCCCUUCCCUCAGACGCUGCAGGAGGUGAGCGUUCCCGUCGUGUCCAACACUCAGUGUGACGCUGCGUACGGAUCGAUCACCAGCAACAUGAUCUGUGCCGGCCUGGACCAGGGAGGAAGGGACUCCUGCCAGGGCGACUCCGGCGGCCCGAUGGUGAGUAAAAGCAACACGACGUGGGUUCUGGCUGGCGUGGUGAGUUUUGGACGGGGCUGUGCUGAGGCCGGGUUCCCGGGAGUCUACGCCCGCGUGUCCCAGUACCAGGACUGGAUCAACAGCCAGAUCACCACCAACCGGCCCGGCUUCGUCCAGUUCCAGGGAGACGGGUCGACCUCCGGAACCACCAGCCUGGUGUCCCUGUCUCUGCUGCUGUCCAUCACACCGGUCCUCUUCUCCAUCUUUGUCCUCUCAUAGGAAAUGCACUGAUACCACGUCAAUAUAUUAAAAUAUAAAUAUGAUUAUAUAUUGAUUAAGUUCUAGUUAAAACAAGCAACACACAGGCUCCAGAACAGAUUCUGUCUGUUAGUUGUAAUUUUUUUUAAUGUAAACUCUGUGAGAGAGUUACUGGAAGAUGUCUUUAUAUUACUGAUCGGGAUGGCAGCUUAUCAAUAUUUUGAUUAUUAGUUGAUUAAUAUAUUUAUUUUCCUAAUCAAUUAUCAUAAAAGUUCUUUUUUAAAUUCUAUUUAAACAACAUUCUAAGAGAAGAUUCUUAUUUUUAAUUAAAACAAAUAUGUUACUGAUCAUUUUUUACUUCCUGAUAAUCAAUUUAUUUGCAGAAAACUCAACUUAAGUGUCUUUAAAAGUUGUUGGUGGCAACAAUCAGUGUUUAUUAGUUAAUGAACACGCUGUUGAAUUACAAAUAAUUCAUCAGUAUUUACAGUUAAUUUGUCCUGAAACUGAUCAAACACACAGAAAAUAACGAGCCUUUGUUAAAACUUUCUGACGUUUUGAAUGUCGGAGCUCGAACAUGAAACGUUUGCUGGAUUGAAGAGGUUUAUGAAGUUGAUCCUGUGACGUGUUACUGCUUAUAUCUGACAUUAAUACAUCACUGUAGCUACUGAUGCACUGAACACAUCACAGAUAUUAUUUAUUAUCUGUCUUUAGUUGGUGUCUGUGAGUAAAUUCUUCUGGGAUACAUGUUAACAGCACCAAGUACAAACUGUAUAUCUGCACAUCUGUCCCUCACACUGCAUUAUGUUCAAUAAAUGGUUUUUCUUAACAUUU